AUGAAAAGGCUUCAAAGGAAAUUGUUCCUAGAAAUGCCAGUGUGUUCAGUAGUGAAUGGGGCUUUGUUUUCUUCUCUUCCUAUUGCCUAUUUACCUUCAUAUUCACUUGCUACUUCAUCUAAACCUGCAACAUCGUGGGCAAAAUUUGUGAAAAAUCACAGUUGUCUCAAAGAGGUGCUCUUCAAGUGCAGAGAUUUAGCUGAUUAUGGUCACUUAUCUCUUUCAUCUAAAGUGCUUCGCACCUGCUCUGCUUCUUUCUUUUUUCGAGGACCUUUACAAUGUGCAUUCUAUGCUACCGAAAUCCUCUCUUUUGUAGAUAGUGCUUCAUCCGUGAUUACAAUUUGUAUAUUUCUUCAUAAUUUUAGGGUUGACAUUGCUGUUUGGAUGGUUCUAAUUUUCAACAACUAUCAGAAGGAUAUUAGGUUGUGGGCAAUGUAUUUCCCCUCACUAUUAGUUCCUAUUUCUGCCACAGUGUUGUCUAUUCACUUAUAUUACCAAAUAGGAUAUUAUCAGAAUGGGAUUCUGGCUUUGGAUUCUUUGGCCCUAGACAUCGAUCAAGUUGAGAAUCUUAUUAAAUUCUGCCCUACAAAAGAAGAAAUGGAGACACUUAAGAACUAUACUGGAGACAAGGACAUGCUUGGAAAGUGUGAACAGUUUUUCCUGGAGUUAAUGAAGGUCCCACGAGUGGAAUCCAAGUUACGAGUAUUUUCAUUCACGAUUACAUUUUGUAGUCAGGUAAAUGACUUAAGAUGUAACCUGAACACAAUCAAUGAUGCUACUAGAGAGGUCAAAGAAUCCAUGAAAUUGCGUCAAAUAAUGCAGACAAUUCUCACUUUGGGAAAUGCACUAAAUCAGGGCACUGCCCGAGGAUCAGCCGUAGGAUUUAAAUUGGAUAGCCUUCUUAAAUUGUCUGAUACUCGCGCAAGAAACAACAAAAUGACCUUGAUGCAUUAUUUAUGCAAGCUCCUUGCUGAGAAAUUGCCUGAGUUGCUGAAUUUUGAUAAAGAUCUCCUUCAUUUAGAAGGAGCCUCUAAGAUCCAAUUGAAAUCUUUGGCGGAAGAAAUGCAAGCAGUGAGUAAAGGUCUUGAAAAGGUUGAGCAGGAACUAACUGCUUCAGAGAACGAUGGUGCUAUAUCCGCUGGAUUUCAAAAGGUCUUGAAGGGUUUCCUUGAUACUGCUGAAGCUGAAGUACGGUCACUUAUCUCUCUGUAUUCCGAAGUGGGAAGAAAUGCUGACUCUUUGUCCCAGUAUUUUGGGGAGGAUCCAGCUCGAUGCCCCUUUGAGCAAGUGACACAAACUUUGGUCGUCUUCACCAAGAUGUUCAAUAAAGCACGUGACGAGAAUGGACAGCAGGCAGAGGCUGAAAAGAAGAAAUUGGAGAAGGAAGCUCUGAAAGAACAGGCUGGAGCAAACUCAUCUGCGAGAAAAGAGGUUGACUCCGAUGGCUUUGCCGAAAUUCGAAACAAGCUGCGUAAGUAG